AUGGCUGAUGAAAUUGCAUCAGCAAUGGAGCAGGAAAUGGUGGAAGAACAGGCUAUAAAGUGCCCAAGGCCUUCAGCAAAGAGGCAAAGGAAAGGAUCUCCUGACGCCCGAGAAGAAACAGAUAAAGAACGUGUAGACGAUAGUCUUCUGCAAGAUGCACGUAGAAUCAAAGAAAACAUCAGGGUCUACAUGAACGCAACAGACAGGAACGUGAGUGCGAAGGUACAAAAGCACGUUAAUGGGAAAAUUCAGCAGUUAAUAGAUAUAAUGGAGACAAUAUAUGAUAAGAACUAUGAAAAAACGUUUUUAGUACAACGUGUGGUAAAGGACACAUUAGCUUCCUCUGAAAUGUAUGAUAUCAUAGUAAAUGCAUUAGUGGAAAAAGCAGUACCUAUGGUUAUCGAGGGACUCAAGUCGGAAAGUAAAACCAUACAAAGACCACUGUCAGAACCUCAGACAUCUCGGGAGUUUCCAUGCGUUAAAGAACAACCGCUAUUAGCCGAUGCCCACGCUAUUAUUGAGACCACGGAGAAUGAAAGUUUCCAGGAAUACGUCGUACCUGGUAUAGAAAUUGAACAGCAGUCUAUGUUGUCGGUAAAUGUAAAGCCCUUGACUUCUACAGCUUCCAAUGCCUUUUUUUAUAAGAUCAAACUAAAUCUUAAACAAAUUGCAAGGGCCCUUUAA